UAAAAAAAAUUAGAAAAAAAAAAAUAUCUGCUCUAGUAAAUUGUUUUUGUUAAUUUAUGGUGGAAUCAUUCAAAGUCAAGCUCGCGUUGCACGACUCCUUCCUUCCUUCCUCCCUUCCUCAUGAUACGUUAAGUACGCAGCAAUAUUUUACCCAAUCUUUUCACACAUAUACCUUGCACCACACUUGCACCUGCAACCGUACCCGCACCGCGCCAUGGCUUCACCUUUUGAGCUUCACUUUGUGUUAAUCCCACUCAUGGCACAAGGUCACAUGAUUCCAAUGAUAGAUAUGGCCAGGCUUCUAGCUGAGCGCGGCGUGGUGGUAAGCCUGGUAACCACCCCUCACAAUGCAUCAAGGUUCGAGACAGUUGUUCGUCGGUUAACGGAAUCUGGACUGCCAAUCAAGCUACUGCAACUUCCAUUUCCGUCGAAGGAGGUUGGACUCCCCAUAGGCUGCGAGAAUCUGGACACGUUGUCGUCCAGACACCUUCUGGGAAAAUUCUAUAUUGCACUUGCGAUGCUGCAAGAACCGUUGGAACAGCUUCUCCAACUGCAGAAACCGGUUCCAAGCUGUAUAAUAUCAGACAAGUGCCUUUCAUGGACCGCGAAAACUGCUACAAAGUUUAACAUUCCGAGGAUUGUGUUCCACGGGAUGGGAUGUUUCUCAUUGUUUAGCUCUCACAAUAUAAAUCUUCAUAAAGCUCAUCUUUCAGUGGCAUCAGAUUCAGAACCUUUUCGGAUUCCUGGAACGCCAUUCAAGGUGGAGGUAACCAGGGCGCAGCUUCCAGGAUCAUUUGUGAGAUUGCCUGAUCUAGAUGAUGUUCGAGACAAGAUGAAAGAAGCUGAAAUGAGUGCUUUUGGAGUCGUCGUGAACAGUUUCAAGGAGCUUGAGCAUGGAUGCAUGGAGGAAUAUGAGAAGGCAAUUCAAAAGAAGGUAUGGGGUAUUGGACCAGUUUCUUUAUGUAACAGUAAGGAUUUGGAUAAAUUUGAAAGAGGAAACAAAGCCUCAAUCGAUGUCAAAAAAUGCUUGGAAUGGCUUAACUCGAUGAAACCGAGGUCAGUCAUUUAUGCUUGUCUCGGUAGCUUGUGCCGUUUGGUACCGUCCCAGUUGAUAGAACUAGGGUUGGCUCUAGAAGCUUCGGAACAACCGUUCAUCUGGGUGAUCAAAACAGGAGAUCCUAGCUCUGCUGAUGAGUUAGAGAAAUGGUUCGACCAACACAUGUUCGAGGAAAGGAUCAAAGGACGGGGACUUCUGAUCAAGGGCUGGGCGCCACAGGUUCUAAUCUUGUCCCACCCGGCGAUACGAGCGUUUUUAACUCACUGCGGCUGGAACUCGACAAUAGAGGCGGUUUGCGCCGGCGUCCCAAUGAUAACUUGGCCGCUCUUUGCAGAACAAUUUUUAAACGAGAAGCUUAUAGUUGAAGUUUUGAAAAUUGGGGUUCGGGUCGGGGUGGAGGUCCCUGUUAGGUGGGGUGAAGAAGAGAAACUCGGGGUGUUGGUGAAGAAACAGGAAGUUGAAAAAGCAAUAGAGUUGGUGGUGGAUGGAGGAGAGGAAGGGGAAGAGCGGAGGAGGAGAGCGGCCGAGCUUGCAGAAACGGCGAAGAGGGCCGUGGAGAAAGGAGGCUCGUCCUACUUAAACAUGUCUAUACUGAUCCAGGAUAUCUUAGAGGAAGUUUGCAAAAGGCUACGUUUGAAAUCCUCCGCAAAUUGAGGAAAGAAAGCAACGACAUUGCCAAGUAAUUAAAUCGCUAUGAUCAUUUUUAAAGCUGAAUGAUUGUGUGUGUUUUUUUAAUGUUGAAGGAUGAUGAGAUUUUCUUUAUCUUUUGUAAUACGUUUGCAACUUUUUACUUCUUUUAUCAGGGUUUGCGAACUUACAAGUUAAGUGUGUGUCCUGUAUUUAUUAAAUAUUUAAAUGAUUA